AUUCGAAAAGGGCUUUGUUGGGAAAACUAGGGCACAGCUUAUCCCAACUCCUGAUCAUCGUCAUCACUCCACACUCGUCCCCAAUCUCUCUCUUUCUCUGCUUCUAUCUUCAACAACUUCCUGUUUUUCGACUUACUCUUCCUUGAAAAGGAGUUCAACAAGACAUGUCAUCUGAUACUGCAAAGGAAGAUGCUUCUGUUGUUGAUUCAUCAGUGACUGAAUGGAAACAUGACCUGGGGAAUUUGGACGAUCGAGAAAGCCCAAGCUACAAAGUGCAUGAGGAUGCCUAUCGUUCUGGGGUAGAGGGACAAGCUCGAUCUUGUGAUCAUGUUGGAACUUUAAGUAGAGUUAAAAAGGGUAACCUAUACAGUACAAGAUAUUUCAUCAUAAAGAGUUUGAACCAUGAAAAUUUACAAUUGUCGAUAGAGAAAGGAAUUUGGGCCACUCAAGUCAUGAAUGAGCCAAUUCUGGAGGAAGCCUUUCAUAAUUCUGGUAAGGUAAUUUUAAUAUUUAGUGUCAACAUGAGUGGUUUCUUCCAAGGUUAUGCCCAAAUGAUGUCCUCAAUUGGGUGGAGACGAGACAAUGUUUGGAGUCAAGGGAGUGGGGGAAAUAACCCCUGGGGGCGCAGUUUUAAGGUCAAAUGGCUGCAGUUAAAUAACUUGCCUUUUCAAAAAACUCUGCAUCUGAAAAAUCCAUUGAAUCACUACAAACCUAUCAAAAUUAGUCGAGACUGCCAGGAGUUACCGACUGAUAUUGGAGAAGCUCUUUGUGAGCUUCUUAACGGGAAGAUUGAUAUGGAUGCACAAUUGAAAAGAUAUGAUUUUCCUGGGGAUGAUCAUCCUUUAAAAAGGCCCUGUAUAGAGCGUUCAUUUUCUUUAAGAGAUGAAGAUUAUAUUGUGCCCCCAGCACAUAUGGCACUGGCUACAUCAGCCAUGUUUUAUCCUUCAUUACUAUGCCAACAUCAACCUCAAGCAGGCAGGUUUCAUUUUGCACACCAAAGACCAUCUGGUAUAAAUUUUCCUGAGAAUUUAUCCAUCACUUCGGGGACACCAAAACUUACACAGUCGAAACAUUCUCCAAUCAGUCGCAGCGUCACUAAUACACAAUUGGAACAGGAUAAUUAUUCUCGGCUUGAUGUUUGGGGUUUGUCUGCAGACAGAAGCCCUCGUACUAGUACCCUGACUGAAGAUGACAUUCUUGAAAUGGUAUUGGGGUUGUAUAUUAGAUUUUAUGACUUAAUUACUUUUCUUUCUUAUCCAAGAAGCCAACUAGCCAAGUUUUGUGUGGCCUGAGUGGGUUUUAUUCUUGUGUAUCUUCUUGCAACAUAUUGGACUGUUGUAUGUGAAUUUUGUAUUUUGAUAUGGAUUCUCAAACCAUGCAUUUUUCCAAAAAUUACAUAUAUUUUUUCCAUUUUUCUUGCUUCCACAAUUCUGUCAAUUGCUUAUCAUGCUGCUGUUCAUUUUUCUAGUCGUCCUUAGCUCUUUGCCUGAUAAUCAUAAUGGUUGUCAUUAGCUCUUUAAUCUGAGUAAUCCUAUUCAUCCCCCCCUCCCCCCCACCAAAAAAAAAAUCACAAGUAUUUAGGAUGAUAACUGAUUUGUUCUUGCUUUUUAUGAAUGCAGACGUAUGAAGAAUAUCUGGAAGCCCAUAGCAGAACUACCAAAAAAAUGUACCAUCAUGUCAGUGAAAAUGACAUUCUUAAGCAGGUAUACGAUUCAUUUUACUUUGAAUUUUCAGCAUCAGCAUCUUCUUCUUCUUUCUUCUUUUGCGAAAAGGGGUUAGGGGCCUUUGGGCGUCACAAAUUGAGCUAUACUAAUAAUUGAUGCGUUGGAUAGGCAGAUGGCCAUCAUGGAGAAAACAGGACUUACUAAUCAGUAAAGAAAACGAAGAUACUGUGCACUUGCUCUGUGGUUCAAAAAGGAGGACUCAUCAUCAGUCCCUUGAAUGAUUGCGAUCCAAGAAAUGAGGCUAUACUUGGUGUGUUCAUGAAGACUAGGAUUCGAUGGAGUUCUAUUUCUCGCCAGGCAGCUCGUGGUGAAGUUAUCAUGUUGCAAUCCCCACAGCUAGCGUAAUGUUGUAUUAUAGUUGUUCCUAAUUUUAUGAUACAUUUUGAGGAAGGCUUUUGCCCUUCAUUUUCUUUUGGGAAGAUAAAAGAACUUGUACAUAGUAUGAACAUAAAUAUUGGCUUUUAUAUUCCCAUUUUAUAUUUUUUGCUUCUUUUGUUUUUAUUCUCUUUUUCCCUUCCCUGUUUGAUAGUGAGUGGCAUGAGAAUUCCAGUUUAACUGUGCAAAGUUUCUAUCACUACUUUGAAAUGCCUCGAAUUCAUCAGGCAUGAAUCAUGUGUAUAUGGCAGUCUUAGAAUAUGGGUAUGCAAAACUCCC